AUGCAGAUGAAGAACACAGCUUUCAAGAGAACUCCCUGGGGCAUGGUUGAGCCAAGCUUUUACAGAGCACCCUCUAAGGUGGUUUCCAUUCCGGUUCACUUCGUGGGUUCAGAGCGCAGCAGAGAGGCGUCUGCAACAGAGAUUCAACGGGCGUUGAGAGGGUUUCUGGUGAGGAAAACUUUGAAGAAGAUCGAGGCCAUGAGGGUGGAGUUGGCACGGAUCGAGAGCGAGAUUCGAGUCGAAGAGGUGAAGAGGGAAGCGAAGGAGAGGGUGAGGGUGAUCGAGACCAUCAUGAACUUGCUUCUGAAGUUGGAUUCGGUUCGGGUAUUGCACUACUCUGGCCUGAGGGAGUGCAGAAAGUCUGUUAUCAGAAAAGCCAUUGCCCUUCAGGAAAUGCUUGAUCAAAUGGAAGAGAAGGAGGAUGAAUGUGCCAUGGAAGAAGUUGAAGAAGUGGAAGAAGGGAAUUGUUUGGUGAAAGAAGAAGAAGAAGAAGAUUUGAGGAAUGAGGAAGAGGAUAAUGAAGGUUUGAGGAAUGAGGAGGUGCAAGAGAAGGAGAGUGUGGAGAAGAGUUUGUUGAUGGAGAAGAUGGUGGAAGAUAAUCAGAAGAUGAUAGAGAUGAUGGCACAACUGUUUCAGAGGAAUGAGGUGCACACUGCACUAAUCACCUCUCUCACACAGAGGGUGGAGCAGCUUGAGAGAGCCUUGGCUUGUGAGAGGUUGAGAAGGAAGAAAAAGAGAAAGACUGAUAGAAAAAUUAAACAAACUCAUCUCAGAAAUUGCUUCAUCUGA